GACCAAUGGGCGUCGAACGGCGCGGAGGCGGGCGGCGUGGAUUGGCGCGCUCGCCGACGCUCCGCCCACGCUGGGUCGGGCCUUCUUUGACAAGAGGAAGGACGGGCUUUGAGGGAAUCAAAGAAGAGGGUUGGCUGGCGGAGCUGUCCGUCAAAGGCGCGAGCCAAUGGACACAGGGCGGCGCGGAGGCGGGCGGCGCGGAUUAGCUCGCUCGCGCCACGCUCCGCCCACACUAGCUCUGAUAGGAGGAGGAUGGGCUCUGAGGGAACAAAGUAGAGGGUUGGCCGGCGGGGUAGUCGCUCCAAAGCUUGGACCAAUGGGCGUCGGGCGGCUUGGAGGCGGGAGACGGGGAUUGGCUCGCUCACGCGACGCUCCGCCCACGCAAGUUAUAAUAGGGGAAUUGAAGAGGACGGACUCUGACGGACUAAAGGAGAUGAUUGGCUGGGGUCUUUGUCUCUCCAAGGCUCUGGCCAAUGGAAAACGGGUGCCGCGGGCGUGUUCCGCCCACCCUGGCUCUGGCCGUCUUUGAUAGGAGAAAGGAGGAGGAUGGGCUCUGAUAAAGCAAAAGAUUCUGAGAUGGAAGAGCGCCGCCUCCUGAUCCUUUUCGGCAGCCAGACCGGCACUGCCGAGGAUUUAGGUGAGAGGAUCGGGCGCCAGGCCAAGCGCCGCCACUUCCAGUGCCGGGUUGACGCCCUGGACUCUUAUCCGGUGGCAAACCUGAUCGAUGAGCCCCUGGUGAUUUUCGUCUGCGCCACCACGGGGCAAGGAGACCCUCCGGAUAACAUGAAAAAUUUCUGGAGGUUCCUUUUCCGGAAGAGCCUGUCUCCCGGUUCCCUCUGCCAGCUGGACUACGCCGUUCUCGGGCUUGGCGAUUCUUCCUACCCCAAGUUCAACUUUGUCGCCAAGAAGCUGCACAAGAGGCUUCACCAGUUGGGCGGCUGCCCGCUGCUGCCCGCUGCCUUGGGGGAUGACCAGCAUGACUUGGGCCCGGACGCCGCCGUCGAUCCCUGGCUUGCGGAUCUCUGGGAGAAGAUCCUGCAAUUAUAUCCUCUUCCUCCCGGCCUGCAAAUCCUUAGUCCAGACAUCAUUUUGCCGUCCCGCUUCACCUUCCGCUUCCUGGACGGCAAUGACCAGACCGGGUGCCCCGACCCCCCCGCCGAAUCCGACCCAGGUCCUACGUGCGAACGGCACCCCUUCCCGGCCCGGGUGCUGUCCAAUCAGAGGGUGACGUCCGAGUCGCACUUCCAAGACGUCCGGCUGAUCGAGCUGGACCUGGCCGGAUCUGGGAUCCAGACUGCCGCCGGCGACCUGGCCCUGAUCGCUCCCCGCAACGCCCCGGAGGACGUGGAGCUCUUCUGUCGCCUCUUGAACCUGGACCCACGCCGGCGCUUCCUGGUUGAGCCGGCCGAACAGGGCACCGCACUGCCAUUCCCACUGCCCCGGCCCUGCAGCAUUGGACACCUAGUGGAAAACUGCCUGGACAUCGCCGGCGUCCCCCGCCGCUCGUUUUUCGAACUUGCCGCCCAGCUCUCGCCCGACGAGCGCGAGCGGGAAAAGCUGCGGGAAUUCGUCUCAGCGCCCGGCCAGGAGGAGCUCUACGCCUACUGCCACCGGCCGCGACGAACCACUCUGGAGGUCCUGAGCGAUUUCCCCAAGACGGCGGCCGCCAUUCCCUGCCACCUCCUCCUCGACCUCAUCCCUCGCAUCCGGGCCCGGGCCUUUUCCAUCGCCUCUUCCAUGCUGGCCUUCCCCGACCGCAUCCAGAUCCUGGUGGCUGUGGUCCGCUACAAGACGCGCCUGGCCCGGCCCCGGCGCGGCCUCUGCUCCACUUGGCUGGCCUCCCUUGACCCGGCACGCGGGCCGGUCCAAGUGCCCCUGUGGGUGAAGAAGGGGGGGCUGCAAUUCCCUGAUGACCCCGACACCCCCGUUGUCAUGGUAGCUCCUGGGACGGGCGUGGCUCCCUUCCGCGCCGCCAUCCAGGAACGUGAAGCGCAGGGGAAGAGAGGCAACUUCCUCUUCUUCGGCUGCCGCCACCGCGCCCACGACUUCUACUUCUGGGAUGAGUGGGCGGAGCUUUCUGACCGGGGCUUCCUAUCCGUCUUCCCCGCUUUUUCCCGGGACCAGGAAGAGAAAAUCUACGUCCAACACCGCCUGCGGGAAAACCAGGCGCUGUUGUGGGAGUUGUUGUGCCGUGGCGCCCGAAUCUAUUUAGCCGGGAGCGCCAAGGAGGUGCCGGAAUGCAUCGCCGAGGCCCUGUGCUCCGGGUUUGAGUCCGAGGGCGGGCUGUCAGCGCCCCAGGCAGCUGAGUUCCUGGCCGCCCUGGAGCGGGCCGGGCGCUUCCAGGCCGAGACGUGGUCCUGAGCUGGGCGCCUUGGAAACAUCUGGGCGCUACAGUUCCAGGAAUCCUCCGGAUGGCGGGUCGACAGGGCCGUAGUUUCUGGCAGUCACAUCUUGCACCCAGUACCGGGAAUAAAACUACGACGAUUAUUGUUA